CCGCGCGCUCCCGUCCAUCCAUCUGCGCGCUCCUGCUCUGCUGACAGCAAAAAACUCGUUUUACGCUCGGUGUGUUAUCACGACCGUCUGAUUUCAGCUCGGGAAGAGUGUGUGUUCAUCUAGAAGUGUUACUGUCUAAACACUCGCUUCUGUGGUGUUUGUAGACUCGCGGGAGUGACGGAGUUGGACUCUUCUUCUUUCUCAGGACUGAAGGAUCGAUCAGUCGAGCUUCGGUGAUCGAUAACAGACCCCGGAGACUCCAGAAACUCCCCGAUUAAUAAUAGAUAUGGAGGCGGUCCUGCAGCGGCUGCAGACGCUGACCCCGGAUGAGCUGAGGGAGCAGCUGAGGGCCGCUGGGCUCCAGUCGGGCCCCGUAACACACACCACCAGGAGCCUGUGGGAGAAGAGACUGGCUCGAGCGCUGCUGGAGGAACACACCGACUCAAACACACCGCAUUCUGGGAGAGCACUUCCUGUGGACCAGCCCGAGCAGCCAAUCAGUGUGCAGGAGACACAGGAAGUGAGGGAGGAGAGCUCAGAGACGUCCACUGAGGGGUCGAGUGUUUAUUAUGGGGUGUGUGCUAAUCCAGACGAGCCCUCCAUAAUAACAGGCUUUCCGCUGGUGUUUGUCAAUCAGACGAAGGCGCUGAAGGCUGUGAUGAAGCUGAAGGACGCUCGAUUCAAAGCCUUCGCCAGCAGAGCAGAAGCAGAGAACUUUGCUAAAGGUUUAUUUGGAGGAAGAGAUUCACCUCACAAACCCUCUGCAGAGAAGCACAGCACUGCGUCUGUCACAGAUGUAGAGAAGGCUAAUGAGUUCAGGAGUCCGCGCACACAGGAUCUGACGGCUACGCUACGCAGGACAGUGGAGACUGGAGACCAGGAGGCUUUCAGAGAGCUGGUGUGGACAAACCCUCGCUUCCUGAUCGGCUCCGGAGACAACCCUACUGUCCUGCAGGAGGGCUGCAGAUAUAAUGUCCUGCAUGUUGCAGCGAAGGAGAAUCAGGCAGGAAUCGCUCGUCUCCUGCUGGAGACGCUGGAGGACCCGGAGUUCAUGAAGCUGAUGUACCCACAGGACCAGGAGAACAUGCUGAGGCAGCGCAUACGCUAUAUAGUGGACCUGUACCUGAACACACCAGACAGAGCUAGUAACGAGACGCCGCUGCACUUCGCCUGUAAGUUCGGCUGUCCGGAGGUGGUGAAUGUUCUGUGUUCUCAUCCGUCCACCGACAAACACUGCAGGAACAAAUACGACCAGCAGCCGGCCAGUGUGAUCUGUGAGCGUAAGAACAGAAGUAAAGAAGUGAAGCAGAAGAUUCUGCAGUAUCUGGAAGACAGGUAUUAUGUGCCAUUAUUGCGGGCCGAAGACAACACUCUGCAUCCGGUGAUCGCCGCCCCCUGGUGUCCUGGUGCUCAGAUGUCAUGUGACCAAUCACACGAGCCAGACAGACUACUGGACAGUCCCAAAAACCCCAUAAUGACCAUCAGGGCUUUUGUUGGGCCUCUGAGUUCUGCAAAGGCAGAGGAGUUUCAGAGACGGUGGAAAACACCGCCGCGGGAGCAAGCCGAAUAUUUCCAUCAGAUCCUGAAGUCUGACGCAGAGCGCGGAGCGGAGAGAGUGGGCAGAGAGCUGGCGCAUCAGCUGGGCUACACGUGGGCUGAACACUGGGCUUUCCUGAGCGCAUUCACUGACCUGUCCAGCAGAGAUGGCCUGAAGAUGCUGGAGGAACACCUGAGUUCAGGAAACCCACGGCGGACACACUCUCCUGCUGCACACACAGGAGCUGCUGGAGAUGCUGGAGCGGAGCGUCCGCCUGUGUGCGACCUGCUGCAGGAGUUUGAGAAGGUGCUUCAGUGUGGAGGUCAGACUGAUGGAGAGAGCGAAGACGAGGUGUUUUUCACAGCAGACGAGGACUCUGAUGAUGCUGGAGGAUCCUGGAUCUGCAGAAGGGUGGAGCAGGAUCACCCUAUCAGCUCCUCGGUCAGCUCCUCCUGCUCCUCAUUUAAAUCAACGCAAAGCACGACUGCAGAUCGAGACGCAGCUGAGGUGUUCAUCACUGGUUAUUCUCCGAGCAGACUGGACCAUGAGGUUCUGCUGGCGCUGAAUGAUGUGCAGAUUGACCCGCACACGUAUCCCACUGUCAGCAGGUGGAGGAACAGGGUGGUGUCUUACUCUCCAUCACAGAGACACAGCUGGCCUGCAGUUUCAGUGCUGACCCCAGAACAGUGGAGCUCAACGCCUGAUAGGCUGAACAUGUCGAGCGGCUCUCCCAGACUCAGACACCCGCCUCACUGUGACCCUCAGCUGCUCCUGUUCAGCCCCACAAACAAGACCUACAGACACAUUUAAGAAGAGGUUCAGUCACAAACACUAUACAAACACACACACACACACACGUACAAAUGAAUUCAGAAUUAUCAGCCCCCCUGUUUAUUUUUUCCCCAAUUUCUGUUUAACAGAGAGAAGAUGUUUUCAACACAUUUCUAAUCAUAGUAGAUUUAAUAACUCAUCUCUAAUAGCUGAUUUAUUUUAUCUUUGCCAUGAUGACAGUAAAUAAUAUUAGACUAGAUAUUCUUCAAGACACUUCUAUACAGCUUUAAAGUGACAUUUAAAGGCUUAACUAGGUUAAUCAGGUUAACUAGGCAGGUUAGAGGAAUUAGGCAAGUUAUUGUAUAACGAUGGUUUGUUCUGGAGACUAUCGAAAACUAAUAUAGCUUAAAGGGGCUAAUAAUAUUGAGCUUAAAAUGGUGUUUAAAAAAUGAAAAACUGCUUUUAUUCUAGCCGAAAUAAAACAAAUAAGACUUUCUCCAGAAGAAAAAAUAUUAUCAGACAUACUGUGAAAAUUUCCUUGCUCUGUUAAACAUCAUUUGGGAAAUAUUUAAAAAAGAAAUAAAAAUGCAAAGGGGGGCUAAUAAUUCUGACUUCAACUGUACAUACACACACACAGACACACACAAACACACACACACACACACACAUAUAUAUAUAUACAUACAUAUAUAUAUAUAUACACACAGGCACACACACACCAAAAUACAGACACACUCACAGACACACACGCAUGCACACACACAGACAGACGCACACACAAAUGCGUGCACAUGUGCGCACACACACACAAGCUAUGUUUCCAUCCAAAAAUGCGAAUGAACUUUCAGCGUUUCCAUCCAACGAGUCAAAGCGAACAAAAUCGCCACUUCCUGAUUAACUGGCGCCAAAUAUUAACAGUUAAAACUGAAUUUGCAGCAGUAAGAGAAGCUGCGUCAAUCUUUUCUUCAUCUAAUAAAUGACUUGCGCCUCAGAAAGCAAUCCUGACACGCAGUGAACGCGCGGUGGCGUUUGAAGGUGUCAGACGCGGAGCACAGACGCUCUUGAUUCUGGAGGUCAUUGAUAAUAUAAUAACACUAAUACUUAAACGGUCAGGUGUUUUAGAAUGACCAAAACAACAGUUCGGAUGGUUUACAGUGUGCUCAGCCUGCUGGUUUCUCCAUUUACACACAUUUUCAUCAUCACAUGAUCUCUUAUCACAAAAUCACAUGACCUUUUUUAAAUGCGCAUGCUGAAAUUUGUGCGGUAAAAGUGUUUCCAUCUCAGGUCAUGCACAUUUUAUAGAAUAAAACGUUUAUUCCACUCAGUUAUGCGCAAAUUUUUACAUUUAUCCAAAAUAAGCAUAAAAAUAGGUGGAUGGAAACAAAGCUGCAGACACAGACUCACACUAAUGUGCCAUUUACUAUCCUCAGUUCAUAGAUCAGCAUCAGCUUCCAGUCAGGGGUGUGUGUAUUGACAGUGGCUACUUAAACACUCUUGAAGAACAUUACAAAUCUCAAGAGGUUUUCUGCUUUAAAUAAAUAUAUAUAUAUAUAUAUAUAUAUAUAAUGUUAACGUUUCUCUUAGAUCACUGUGUUGCAUGCAGAUUUUAAUGUUAAAAGGAUUUCGAGAUGAACCUCAACAUGACUCAAAAUGCUGUAGAAAUUUUGUUUACUGUUGGCUCAUGGUUUAUUUUUAUUUAUUUAUUCCCAGUGCAUUAAUCCGGUAAUCUUCUGUUGUUGCUGCCUCAGAUAUUCGGGUAACACUUUAAACUAGCAAUCCAUAAGUCCUUAAUAUAUCGACUAACAUGGUGAAAUAAUAAUUAAUACAUUUAUUACAGUAGUUAUUCAUCUGCGUUCAUGUCAGUUCAUGCAAAUACAGUCAUUCAUUAUUGACGUUAGCUCUCGGUGCAUUAGCUGAUGUUGACACACUUUAGCAUAUACUGAGUUAUGAUUAUUAAAUGCUGGGAGACUGUAGCAUAAAUAUCAUGCACUAAUGGGGCAUCAUUUUAAAGUGUCCAGCGUUUGCACUAGUUUCCAGCAGGAUGAUGUUUAUAGAUGCAGGGAAAUGUAUUAAAAUUGGGAUGCAUAUAUGUUGAUGAUAAUGAGUUUUGUUUACUUGUUACAUAAAGAUUUGUAAAGAAACCUGGGUUGAGUUUAGGUGUUGUUCUCUGUGCUGUGUUUAUGUUUCUGAACACCAGAUGGCGCCAAUGGAGGAUUUAAUUCAACGCUUACUAUUGGUUCAGCUUGAUGUGUGUGUGUGUUUAAAUGUGAUGAAACUGUGUGUCAUGAACAGAAGAGGUGUAUAAGCAUGUAUUGCUUUCAUUCAUGUCAGUUAGCAGAUGUUUUAUUUAGUUAUCUUAGUGCUGGGCAAAGAUUUGCAUCCAAAAUAAAAGUUGUGUGUGUACUGUGUAUGUUUAAUAUGUACAUGC